CCUGCAGCAGGGGAUGCAAUUUGAUGCAAAAACCAAUUUGACAUGUGUUUGUAAACAUUGCAGCGAGAAAGCCGCAAGACUUAACAACUUUAUUGCGGAUAAAGGGAAAAUUUACAUUAAAAGUGCUAAAAAGUUUAAUUAUAGGUAGUUAUUGUUAGCUGUUUUCAGUCAGUUUGUUACUCUGUACUGUUAAUAACGUUGUGAACAACAAAAAAAAACAAUGUGCACAUUGGCAAGAAAUUCCGCAUUAUUACGGCUAGGGCGUAACAUUAUGCGAAAGGGGACAUGCUCCCACACCCAUCCCUUCAGCACUGUAAAGAAAUUGGAACACCUCAAGGAAGGUCCUUCGUUGCAACAUUUUCUCCGCAAUGCAACGGAAAAUGGAGCAAGCGUUUACGUUGCCGGUCGUAAUGACUCCAUACCUUACAUAGCACCCGAAACGCUCCUUGGACAAAGGAGAAAAGUUUUCCUCGAAGUGUACGGCUGCCAGAUGAACACAAACGAUACGGAAAUUGUUUGGUCGAUCCUGAAAUCGCAUGAAUAUCAGCGGACGGUAAACCUGAAAGAAGCCGACAUCGUACUGAUGAUGACUUGUGCCAUACGUGAAGGGGCCGAAGAUACGGUCUGGAAUCGUUUAAAACAUUUACGUCUGAUGAAGCAGAAGCGGGAAGCGAACGAAGAGAAACCGUUACAGAUCGGUGUGCUGGGUUGUAUGGCGGAACGUUUAAAACAGCAGCUGGUAGAAAAAGAACAUUCCCUUGACGUUGUGGCCGGCCCGGAUGCUUAUAAGGAUUUGCCCCGCUUGCUAGCAAUCGGUCAGAAAGGACAAAAGGCAAUUAAUGUGUUGCUUUCCCUGGAUGAAACGUACGCCGAUGUGGUUCCGGUAAAGCUGGACCGUAAAUCGAAAACCGCGUACGUUUCCAUCAUGCGAGGCUGCGAUAACAUGUGCUCGUACUGUAUUGUUCCUUUUACUCGAGGGAAGGAACGCUCACGUCCGAUUAAAUCAAUCCGCGAAGAGGUGUUGCAGCUAGAAAACGAAGGCAUUCGUGAAAUAACGUUGCUUGGCCAAAAUGUGAACAGCUAUCGUGAUACAAGCGAAAGCUUGGUGAGAGAUGACCUCAAAGAAGCAACCCUGCUGGCACCAGGGUUUCGUACCGUGUACAAAACCAAACUGGGUGGAUUACGGUUUGCAGAAUUGCUUACAGAGUUAGCCGAAGCCGUGCCGGAAAUGAGGAUCCGUUUCACGUCGCCCCAUCCGAAGGACUUUCCACGGGAUGUGCUGGAAACGAUAGCGAAGUUUCCCAACAUAUGCAACAGUUUGCAUUUACCGGCUCAAUCGGGCAAUACGCAGGUGUUGGAUCGUAUGAGACGUGGCUAUACGCGGGAAGCAUACUUAAACCUAGUCAAAGAAGUGCGUCAUCUAAUACCAAACGUAACGCUUUCGAGCGAUUUUAUCUGCGGGUUUUGUGGCGAAACCGACACCGAGUUUAACGACACAGUAUCUCUUAUCGAGGAGGUUGGCUAUCAUGCAGCGUUCCUAUUUGCUUACAGCAUGCGAGAGAAAACUACUGCCCACCGUCGAUACAGUGACGAUGUACCGGUAGAUGUAAAACAGGAACGGCUUCGCCGGAUGAUUGCUGCCUUUCGAACGACAGCCGAACGUUUGAACAGUCAGUUUAUCGGUCGAACGGAGCUGAUUUUGGUGGAGGGAUACAGCAAGAGAUCGCGAACCGAUCUCGCUGGGCGUAAUGAUGGAAAUGUUAAGGUUAUUGUGCCUGCCGGUCGGAUACUGUCCGGCCGUGAUGCAGCUGUUGGAGAUUUAAGACCUGUUGGAGUAGGGGACUGCGUUGCGGUACGGAUUGUUGAAUCUAAUUCACAGAUUCUAAAAGGUGAACCGUUGUAUCACACAACAAUGCGGGAAUUUUACGCGAAUCGGUGAUAAAUAUACAAGUGUAGCCAAUGUAGAGGAAUUUAAA